CGGGUCCAACUCGGGGGAACUCCAGGCACCAGUCUCCUCUCUUCUCUCGUUCGGAUGGAGGCGCCGCCACUCUCCUCCUCCGGGGUUGCUUCUCACCUUCGAUCUCCCCUUCUUCCUCGUCUUUCUAACACCGGCGGAACGUGGAAUCCGAGAAAGCCCUGUUCCAAAUCCAAGAAGCACCUCUCCAUCCGCGCUUCCUCCCAAGAUUCGACGGUCACCCUGUUGGAUUACGGUGCUGGAAAUGUCCGGAGCGUGCGUAACGCCAUCCGGUAUCUGGGGUUCGAUAUCAAAGAUGUGCAAAAACCAGAAGACAUUCUUAGUGCAAACCGCCUUGUUUUUCCUGGGGUUGGUGCGUUUGCUGCAGCAAUGGAAGUGUUAAAUCAAAAUGGGAUGGCUGACGCACUCUGUAUGUACAUAGAGAAGGACCGCCCCUUUUUAGGUAUUUGUCUUGGGCUUCAAUUGCUUUUUGAGUCCAGCGAGGAGAAUGGUCCAGUUAAAGGUCUUGGCUUGAUACCUGGUGUGGUUGGACGUUUUGACUCUUCAAGUGGUCUCAGAGUACCUCAUAUUGGCUGGAACACUGUGCAAAUUACCAAAGACUCUGGAAUUUUGGAUGACAUUGAAGGCCAACAUGUCUAUUUUGUUCACUCAUAUCGUGUUCUGCCUUCAGAUGCCAAUAAAGAUUGGAUCUCAUCAACAUGCAACUAUGGUGAAAGCUUUAUUUCUUCUAUAACAAGGGGGAAUAUUCAUGCAGUCCAGUUUCACCCGGAAAAGAGUGGAGAUGUUGGGCUUUCCAUAUUGAGAAAGUUUCUCAAUACAUCAUCUUCAAAGACAAAAAAAUUGGCUUGUGGAAAAGCAUCAAAACUUGCAAAGAGAGUUAUUUCAUGCCUUGAUGUGAGGACGAACGAUAAAGGGGAUCUUGUAGUAACCAAAGGAGACCAAUAUGAUGUAAGAGAGCAUAGAGAUGGAGAUGAGGUGAGAAACCUUGGCAAGCCAGUGGAGCUUGCAGGUCAGUAUUAUAAGGAUGGCGCUGAUGAGGUUAGUUUUUUAAAUAUAACAGGCUUCCGUGACUUUCCUUUGGGAGAUUUGCCAAUGUUACAGGUGCUACGCUGCACAUCGGAAAAUGUUUUUGUACCACUAACAGUUGGUGGUGGUAUAAGAGACUUCACAGAUGGAAGUGGAAGGCACUAUUCGAGCUUGGAAGUGGCAUCAGAAUACUUCAGGUCUGGUGCAGAUAAGAUUUCAAUUGGAAGUGAUGCAGUUUUAACUGCAGAAGAAUAUUUAAGAACUGGAGUGAAGACUGGAAAGAGCAGCUUAGAACAAAUUUCACGUGUCUAUGGAAAUCAGGCAGUAGUCGUAAGUAUUGAUCCUCGCAGAAUGUAUGUCAGGAGCCCUGAUGAUGUUGAAUUUAAGACUGUAAAAGUGACAACUCCAGGUCCAUUUGGAGAAGAAUAUGCAUGGUACCAGUGCACAGUCAGUGGUGGACGUGAAGGUCGACCCAUUGGAGCUUAUGAGCUUGCAAAAGCUGUUGAAGAACUUGGAGCUGGGGAAAUACUACUAAAUUGCAUUGAUUGUGAUGGUCAGGGUCAAGGGUUUGAUAUAGACCUGAUCAAGCUGAUAUCAGAGGCUGUCACAAUUCCUGUCAUUGCAAGCAGUGGUGCUGGUGCCGUUGAACAUUUCUCUGAGGUUUUUAAGAAAACAAGUGCUUCAGCUGCUCUUGCUGCUGGUAUUUUCCAUCGCAAGGAGACCCUUUCCAAAUUGAAACAGGAAGCGGUACAAAUUAAUUUGGAACUUGUAUGAUCGGAAGGUACGUCAAGAUGAUUUGGAAGAGUUGUUGCCACGUUGGCUCACAUCAAGUGCUGGCAGGACACGUGGCCUGUCAGGUGGCUAGCCACAAAAUUAUGUGCAAAGUCCAUAUCCCAUUAAGGUCCCCAUUUUAUCAGUGAAAGAGCAUUUGUUGCAAGAAGGUAUUGAGGUCAGAAUACCAUGGACAUGAGGAAGGCGUCUAUCUCCAAAGCAAUACUUCAAAAUGGAUUGUGUUGUCUGCAAAUGGCGUGCUGCAGCAAAUACAUUUUAUUUUUGACCGAGGAUUUCAUGUUUAUUUUUUGCAGCUACGUUUUACUGAGCAGGAUGAAACUCCAUGUUUACAUGGCCUUUUAUUUAUGGCAGCCCCUGUGCUCUUUGGUCAUGUUAAAGAAUUUGUAGUGAUGUAAUAACAAUUGAAGGGGAAGAUGCGCACGGACCAAAAAUAUUAUCAUGCCCAUCAAUUUGGGCUGAAUAUUUUGUGUUAUGAUCUCUCUGUUUCAUAUCAGCAAGGAGUAAAAGAAAAGCAGAGGAAAAGGGCGGCUCAUUUCUCAUCCUGACAGCAGCUAAGCCGGGCUGGUAUUUGAAGCUGAGAAUGAGGGCUUUUGGUAUGUCAUGUGGGCGCUACUGAAAUUCCCUUCUCUACUAGGCGCGUUAAGUAUUUGUGUAGUCCAUUAUUGUACGUCGGCCCAUGUUCUUCGGCGCACUCUACCGUGUGCUGCUUCUCUGGCGGGGUGGAGGAAGGCCCUGGGUCAAAGCCAACAAAUGCCAAAGCACCUUGUUGUUUAUUACAACGUCGUUGUUAGAAAAGCUUUUAUUUCAUUUUUUUUUUUCCUUCUCAUAACCUAUGAUGAUUUAGAAUGUGGAAGAUUGGUUGGGUUUCUAGUUUUGAUGUGAAUUUGGGAAUUGAUUCACUGGGUUGUUUAAUGCAAGCACUGUGCAGGCGUGCGCAUGCAUUUUGUGGAGGUAAAUCUGUCUCUCAGAGAUUAGCAUUGUAACAAUCGUUGCUUCUGAAUCUAGAUUUAUAUUAUCUAAA